UUGUCAUUUCGCUCUUUGAAGUUCUCCUUUUUCACUUCAGUUCUUGGACAACCACAAAAAUAAUUGGUACUGUUUUUGUUUCUUACUGAACUUUUUAUUCUAAAAAUUUUAAUUAUUCUAAUUAGAAAACAUUAUCUAAUCUAGCACAUGAAUAUAAUAAAAUGUUUUGCUUAAAUUCUAAUUAAAGAGAUACGCGCGUAAACUAAAUAAUAUUCACAGUGCCAGUCUAACUAUAGCAAUGAUGGAGUCAAGUCAACCAAGCCUUGAUUACAUUGACUAUGUGUUGUUCAUUCUUGUGCUUUUAAUAUCAUUCCUAAUCGGACUGUACUAUGGAAUGUUGUCCAAAGUUAAACAAGACACCCCAGAAGAAUAUUUUUUGGGAAAUAGAAAUAUGGGUGUAUUUCCAGUAUCCAUAUCCCUCCUAGUGACCUUUAUAUCUGGUGCAAGUAUUAUUGGAUUAACAGUUGAUGUUUAUGCCCAUGGAACUCAUCAAUGGCAAUAUGUAUUUACGUGUUUUAUAAUGCUUAUUGCAACGUGGUACAUAUUUUUACCUAUCUUCUAUGAGCUACAAUUGCCAUCGACCUUUGCAUAUUUGAAACUUCGCUUUGGUCGACAGACUCAACUACUAGCAAGCUUUAUGUUCUUCUGUGUAGCGACUCUUUCUGCAUCAAUCUGCAUCUACAUCCCAGCUUUAGUCCUUAACCAAACCUCCGGAAUAUCUCCAGCAAUUACAAUGAUUAUUUUAGGUUUAGUUUGUAUUUUCUAUACGGCCAUUGGAGGUUUUAGAGCUGUAAUUUGGGUGGACUUAUUCCAAUCCAGUUUAAUAGUUGCAUGUUGCAUUGCCAUAAUUGUCAUAGGACUUAAGCUCGUAGGAGGAGUUAAUGAAGUUUGGGAAGCUUCCAAACGCGGGGAAAGACUGAUUCUUUUCAAUUUCAAUCCAGAUCCAACAAUUCGUCUUACAACAUGGAUCAUAAUUUUCGGUCAUUCUUUUCAAAUGAUCCAAUUUGGAUUUUCCCAAAUGACCAUCCAGCGUCUUCUUAGUAUACCAAGUUUAACCAAAGCACGUGGCGUUAUGUUUAUAUUCUGCAUAGGAUUUUUAUGCAGCAUAGGUUUCUCAUUAGCCAUAGCUUUAAUAUUAUAUACAUAUUACGAACAAUGUGAUCCUUUUAAAUCAGGAUUGAUAUCAAAUAUCGAUCAACUGGUGACUCAUUUCGUAACCGAAAUUCAUGAACAUUUUCCCGGUUUACCAGGAAUCUUUAUUGCCGGAAUCGUAGCAGGAAGUCUAUCUACCAUAUCCUCAUUUCUCAAUAGUAUAACUUUGUGCCUAUUCGAGGAUUUCAUUCUACCAUUUCUCCCAGAAAUGUCACAUAAGAAAACCUGUAACAUCAUUAAACUCCUAGCAUUUAUCCUAGGAAGCAUACAAAUUGCUCUGGCUUUCGUUAUCGGGAAGAUAGGAACAAUUUUUGUCAUUGUUCAGACUGUAUUGGGGUUGACUGGAGGAGCUUUAAUUGGACUGUUCACUAUGGGAAUGUUGCUUCCUAAGGCAAAUCAAAUAGGAGGAAUUGCUGGAGCGAUAUCAUCUUUGAUUGGAGUUGGAAUAAUCAUAUUUGGCAGUCUGUCAAAGAAAGCUCAAGCUUCACUUCCAAUGCGAACUGAUGGAUGCCUUCAUAACAUUACCAAUUUUGUGAAUAGAGCUUUACCUACCGAAAUUAAUGAUACUGAAGAUGAUGUUCCUUGGAUCUUUCGCAUUAGUUUCAUGUACUAUUCUACGAUUGGAUGCGUUCUGGUAUAUCUUAUUGGAUAUCCUGUAAGUUUGCUGACAGGAGGCAUCAAUGUUAAAGAUCAACGUCUUUUAGCACCUUUUAUAAGAAAAAAGGCCUCCAACAAAUUACCUCAAAAUGUUGAAGAACUCCGCCCAAUAUCAGAUCAAAUUUAGAAGAUUACUCAAAAUUCUUUUGUAUUCAUUUAAAAAUUUCAUUGAAACUUAAAUUUUACGAAAAAUAAAACUGCGUAUGUCAUAUCUAUACUACAUGUUCACUGAUUGUAAGUCAAAGUAAAACUUUUAUGAAAAAAAAA